AUGGCUCUUGCAGGAAAGUGGAACAAAGCCCGGAACGAGAACGGCGAGGCAUUCCUUACCGCCCUUGGCGUCGACAAAGCUGCUAUGGAGAGAGCUGCCAAUGCCUCUUGCGUGACUGAGAUCACCGAUUCUGGCGACAAGGUUGUCAUCGUCCGAAACUACAACAACGGCGAGAAGAUCGACACCAACACCAUCACCAUCGGUCAGGAGUCCGAGCUCACCGGCCCACGAGGAAACCCCUUCAAGGCUACUGUUACCCGAGAAGGCGACAAGCUCGUCGGAGUUGGCUCUGGGGGCAAGAUGAAGAUUGCUUUGGAAGUCGUCGGUGGCGAGCUCGUUGAAACUGUCGAAGCUAUCGAGCAGAAGAUGACCAUGAAGCGAUUCCACACCAAAGCUUAA